CGGGGCGCUUAGCUUGCGUGGUUGAAGUUUCUGAUGCAUUGCCAGAGAAAUACCAACAGGCCGGGGAGGCUUCAGCCAGCGGUCUCCGACGACUCCAAUUGUCAUUUCCCAAUUUCCAGUCGACUGCAACACCAGCACAACGAAAGGGAAGGCAAAAAUGCUCAAGUCGUGGUUCGCUGCUGUGUGCUGCCUCGCAAUCAGCCUCACCGGCACCCCACUAGUUGCUGCGGACGAAUGGGACGCCCAGACCGAUGUCAUCAUCGAGAGUAUGGACGAAGACCAGCUCGUUGGCCAAAUGGUGCAAGUCGCAUUCUCGCGCUUUUUCAACAAGGACAAGACCUUCGACGAGGACAAGUUCCGUGCGUACGCCAAGCUCAAGAUCGGUUCGUACUUGAGUGGCCCGUGGCAAUCGGGUUCCUACAAUGGCAAGUACGCUUGGACCGCCCAGGAGUGGCGUGACGUGCUGUCACGCGCUCAGGAGAUCGUCAAGGAGGAGAACGAUGGUCACCCUUUCAUCUUCGGUAUUGACUCGCUUCACGGUGCCGGCUUCACGUCCGGUGCCGUCCUGUUCGGUCAGCCUAUCAACGGAGCCGCCACUUUCAACCCCGAUCUGGCCUACGAAAUGGGUCGCAUUGCUGGCCGCGACACACUCGCUGCUGGAACACCGUGGAUCUUCGGUCCUAUGCUCGAAAUCUCACAGAAUCCGCUGUGGCCGCGUGUGUACGAGACGUUCGGCGAAGACCCGGUGUUGGUGUCGGCCAUCUCGGAGUCCCUUAUUAAGGGUAUCCAGUCCAACAAUGGCUCUGCUGCGUGCAUGAAGCACUGGAUCGGGUACUCCAAGACCCCCACAGGUCACGACAAGGACCCCGUUACGCUGUCGGACUACGAUCUGCUCAACUACUUCCUGCCUCCGUUCAAGGCUGCGAUUGACGCCGGCGUCAUGUCUGCUAUGGAGAACUACAUCUCCGUCAACGGCAUCCCUACCAUUGCCAACACUAAGCUGAUGAACAAGCUGCUCCGCGAAGAUAUGGGCUUCGAAGGGAUGACUGUGUCGGACUUUGCCGAGAUCGAGCACCUCAACACGUGGCACCGCUUCGCUCGUACCAACGAGGAGGCCGCCACGCUGUCUAUCAAGCGUACGUCCAUCGAUAUGACGAUGGCUAGCAGCGACUACGGCUUCAUCAACGCCACCAAGGCGCUCAUCGCCCAGGACCCGUCCUACCUGAACCGUGUGAAGGAGUCCGCUCGUCGUGUGAUUAAGCUUAAGCUGCAGCUCGGUCUAUACGACAACGCCGUUCCCGGUGCUGAUCUGGUAGACCAGGUCGGCAGUGAUGAGGACAAGGCUGCUGCUCUGAACUCGGCUCGUGAGUCCAUCGUGUUGCUGCAGAACAACGACAGUGUCCUGCCGAUCCCGGAGACGGCCAAGGUGUUCUUGACCGGCCACUCGGCCGACAACGUCGGCUUCCAAUGCGGUGGCUGGUCACUGAGUCAGCAGGGAUACUCGGGCAACGACAUGUUCCCGAACGGCAUCAGUGUCAAGGACGGAUUCCAGGCGAUCUCGAACGAGACGUUGACGUACUUUAACGGUCUCAACUACACGGGUGUGUACAACGAGAGCGACUUGGCGCAGGCUAAGGAAUAUGCCAGCCAGGCCGCCUACACUAUUGCGGUUAUCGGCGAACACUCGUACACGGAGAAGACGUACGGAGAUAUCAACGACCUGGCCCUGCCGGCCGGUCAGAUCAAGUACGUGUCGGAGCUGGCGGCGACCGGCACUAAGGUGAUUGUCGUCCUUGUCGGCGGUCGUCCGCGUCUGCUCGGAGAGCUCCCGAGCAACGUGCACGCUGUGAUCAACGCCAUGUUGCCGUGCGAACUCGGUGGCCAAGCGAUUGCUGAGAUCAUUUACGGCCGCGUGAACCCGAGCGGCCGCAUGCCGAUCACAUACCCGAAGGACGCCGGCAACAUCCUGAUGCCGUACAACCACCUCGUGAGCACGCAGUGCGCAACUGGCUACUGCGAGAUGCAGUGGGAGUUCGGCCACGGUCUCAGUUACACGGACUUCACGUACUCGGACAUGACGCUGAGCCGCACGAACGUGACGUCGAUUACCGAGACGGUGGACGUAUCGGUGGUGGUGACGAACUCCGGCACAGUUGCCGGCAAGGAGACGGUGAUGCUGUUCCUGACGCAGCCGUUCCGCACCAUUUCGGUGCCGGAGGUGAAGCAGCUCAAGAAGUUCACCAAGGUGGACCUGAAGGCGGGCGAGUCGACCACUGUCAAGUUCACGCUGUCGGCGGACGACUGGAGCGUGUACUACCCGCAGAUCGGCAGCGGCUUGAAGAAGGUGGCGGAAGACGCGGACUACGUGGUCGCCAUCAAGCCCGAGACGGACUGCGACGUGUACAACGAGACAGCCGUAGCCAACCCGCUGUGCGCGACCUUCACGCUGCAGACGGGUGAGCACCCGUACGGCUCGUUCGAGUAA